AUGGUCCGCUUGGCAAAGGAGAAAUUCAGCUCCGAAACGCAGAUUGUGCGGGAAGGAGCGAGUGAACUGAGAAAGCAUCCAAAUUCCUUGAUCAACUAGUGAGUUUUUUUUUUCCAUCUCUCAUUAUUUCAAGUCAUUCAUUCAACUCACUCUCAGCAAUGAAAAUUGUGUGGCGCCUGGCACCUUUGUCAUCACGUUUUUGCUGAAACUGGCGAUGGCAGUUCGCGUGAUCGUGGAAAAAUGCCCGAAGCCGGAUGAGGACAUGUUGGUCGACCUGCAGUAUCUUAUUAGUCACCCAAUCGUCCACUUUACCAAGCCCAAUGUUGCCGCAGCUCAAAAUUUCGAAUAUCCUCUGGUAAACUUCCGUUUUAUUCGUUUCAAGUUUACUGAAUACAACCUUAGGAUUGCUACACGACAGAAAAAUGGUUCAUCUUUGUCGAGACACGCAAGAAACUGGCCAUCCAGUUGCUGGGAAAAUGUGUUCGGAGCUUGGACGUGAUUUCGCUGAAAGAGAUUUUCCGAUACUUUGUGAAUGUCAGCACCGAUCCAAUGAAUGCGUUCAUGCCAUUCGAACAUGGAGUUCUGAUUACCGGUCAUGUUUUCCACAAAGUGGCGCUGCACCUCUCGGACGAAUUUUUGAUUGAUGUAGGAAUUCAAACAAAUUGUGCAUAGAUUUCAAUAACCAAAUUUUAGCUCUUCCAAAGCUGCAAACGUCAGGCCAGAAGAGUCAGUGCAAGGUGCGAAGUGGCCAUUGGAGUGUGGCAAGUCAUCUACCACAGACUGCCCCAGACAAAGAGUCCCGAAGAACACGAUUCGUUCUGUCGGCACUCUUUGUUCUGGGACGAGGGAAACAGCCAAAGCCAAGUGGCUCGUGAGUGAGGUCUUUUAAAACGGUUAACAUUGCUCGGUAUUUUAGUUUCUCUCGGAUGCUCGUUCGAGGAGUUUUUUCUGAUUUUCUUCUUUGCUGAUCACGAAUCCCUUUUCAACGAUCGUAACGGAUUCAACAACAAGCAAAGAAUUGCGGCUCUCGAUUUGGUUCAAACUUUGAAUUUCAAGAAAUCCCACGGAUUUUUCGGUUAGCUUUGAAACUUGUAUGUUUGUAUUCACUUUUUUUUUCAGGGGCGCCCUCGUUCUUGGAUGGAUUCAACGACAUCGUCGAAACGGUUUUCAAAACGGACUGCCCCGAACUUGUGAACGCCAUGGCGAACUUUCUGGAAAAGCUCGCAGCGCAUUCGUCGCAACACCCAGGUAUCAAUUAGAAACAAACGUUUAUGAAGGUUUAUGUGAGGUUUAGAAAAGACGUGGCGGCUGAGAAAGAUGUUGAGAGAAAUCGCGAUCAGCACGGCCCGAGUGAAUGACACGAAAGGAAAGCUGGGCCUUUUUUGGGUUUGAUUCAGAAUCUGUUUCGCGAUUAGAAGAAUCGUUUUUUUCAGGGAAUUGCAUUGCGAUUGAACAUUGCUUCCGGAUACGAAUAUCUCAUACCAGAAGAUUUCGAUCACUCUGAGCUGCUUGAAACAGCGCAUAACUCGGGUGAGAACAUAGACGGAAAGAUUCUUACCCUUCAUCUCAUUUUUAGUUGGGCUACGAUGGGCUACUAAAUUCCCCGAACUGCUCUCCGACUAUUUCCAACUUCGGCAUCCCGGACAACCCGACUACAGUCUGCUGGUCAGUUUUUCACAGGCUCCUGUCAAAAUAAGCGAUUUUCUGGAGUUUCACAGGAUUCCAAUGUUUCAAACAUUUCAUGUUGUAGAACUAUGUACUAUUGAGUUCUAUAACAUGUCACUUUGGGAUAGAAUGUGAUUUGAAAAUGCCAAUCGCUAAUAAUUAAUGCAAAUUGAGAUGAUUUCAGAACUAUGGAACCAGUGGAGCGGAUUCCUCUGUAGUGAUCGGCCGCAAUAUGGGAGUGGUAAGCACAGACCGGAAAGCACGUAAUCUGAAAUGAACACUCUCAUUUUACAGCAGCAGACUGCAUCUCUAUUCAAGUUCCACAACUUAUUCCGCACAUGGGAAAGAACGAUGGGAGAAGAAGUCAAUAUAACUCAAUGGACGUGGGAUACAGUUCAGGAUUUGUAUCUGCUCAUCGCGUGCAGAUACCAAGGUAAACUGUUUAGGAAAUAUGUUACAUUUUCAAAAACCCCGAUUUUGUAGCUAUUAACGCCAAUCGAUUCGAUAGCACAAUAGCACUCCGCGACAACGUCUUCCAUUUAUCAUUUGGCAUUUAGUGAGUUCUAAUUGGAAUCCUACAACCAUGUAAUUUUUACAGUUCGCUCAGACACAUUAUCUCAAGUUUGGGCUACAGCAACAUUGCGUUGAUGCGCUAUGAAAGCUAUUCGUGCAAAUUCAUUCAUCGUCAUCCGUUUUUAGAGUUCUCAUUCAAGGGAGGAGGCCAAAUUUUUUCUUAUAUAAAACUCGUGGUCGGCCAAUUCAAGGUUAAUUUUCAUUUCGAAAAAGUACUUUAUAAUCAUUUCGUGUUUUCAGAAAACUGGUGAUCAGACAAUCAUAAAGUAUCUCGAGGGUCUUGUCGAAAUGCUCGUUCAGAGUAUCGAGUACGACAUGCCCUCCGAGGACUACACCGAAGAUUUCAAAGUCUGCCAGAUUGUAACAAACAAAUGAUAUUCAGAAAACAAAGGAAAACAAAAUGUUUUCAGGGUCUCUUCUACUUCUGUCCUCGGCUCGCCAUCAAGUUCACUGUGGCUCUGUGCCGCAUGAGACUGGGGGUGCACGGCUACUCAUACAAAACCGUUGAGCAAGUCAGAAGUACUGCCGGAAAACAUCACUUUUUCCAUAAAAUGUCUGAUUUCAGAGAGUCAAGUCGACUGGGAGGAAACGAGAAGACUGGUGACACGGGAGCAGAUCCAGACGUUCGUCAGCAGCGAAGAAGUCGAUCUCGAAACUCUCCUCUACUCGCACGAAAUCGACUGCCAAGACUUGAUGGUCCCCGGUCUCGUUAAGGCAGCUGUCAAGGACUGGCACCUCGAAAGCUCCCCUGAGGUAACGUAUUGAGUGAUGAUUUAGGUUAACACGUUUUUUCUUCAGAUGCGAAACUACAUGGUGUGCAAAGAAAGAUAUGAGGAGACCGGGGUCGUGUUUGAUUGA